AUCGCGCCGCAUCGCGUCCUCCGCGCCGCGGGAACAAGUUGGGUUCGGCUCGGUGGAGGGGAUAGGACCGCGGGAGGGGGCCAGAAGAGCGGCGGAGAGCCGCGGCGGCCGAAAGCGCAUAGCGAGAGGGCCAUCACUCGGUGCGCCGCCCCGCAACCAGGGUCAGGUGCUGGAAGGAACGAGGACAGGAAGGAAGGAGGAAGCGAUCGCCCGCAAGGUGGACGGAGGGUGGACCCUCGAGGAGAGGUCGAGGUCGAGGCGCGGAAUGGCGCGAGCAGCGAGGUCCUUCACGGGGAAAGGCGUUAUCAGCGGCUGCUAGCGGGCCGAUAUCCAGGAGGCCGAUUUUACACCUCUCGCUGGCUGUCAGGAUCUCGGCCGAAGGGAAGAGACUCGAGUCGACGGUAGCGCAGGUGAGAGCGAGGUCGAGGGAGGUCGACGAAUCGGGCCCCAUCAGCCCCGAGACGUCCCCAGGGCCCGAGGGCGGCGGGGCCUCGAGGGGGCGCGGCGAGGACGGCGAGGACGGCGACGACGGCUCGCGAUGCCGAGGGACGCCUCGGGGACGAACCGGGGGAGCAGCUGGUGAACCGGCCGGCCCCGGGUAAGGCCCGCGCGCGCCGGGAGGAGGGCAGCGGUCCCCUCGUCGUCGGUCGAGCCCCGGCGGGCCGCCCCCGCGGGGGAGCGGACCGGGCGGUGCCCUCGAGGGCGCGAGCGCGACUGCGCCCCCUGGGCGGGUCGCCAUGGCGGCCUCCUCGUCCUCGUCCAACGGCGAGCAGCAGUACUCUCUCCGAUGGAACGACUUCCACUCGAGCAUCCUCAGCUCGUUCCGCCACCUGCGCGACGAGGAAGACUUCGUCGACGUGACCCUCGCCUGCGACAGCAGCAGCUUCACCGCCCACAAGGUCGUCCUGUCGGCGUGCAGCCCCUACUUCCGGAGGCUCCUCAAGGCGAAUCCCUGCCAACAUCCGAUUGUGAUCCUGAGGGACGUCGCCUCGUCGGACAUGGAAUCCCUUCUGCGAUUCAUGUACCACGGCGAGGUCCACGUGGGCCAGGAACAACUCGGGGCCUUCCUGAAGACCGCGCAGAUGCUGCAGGUUCGAGGCCUCGCGGAUGUCAACAGCGGCGCAGCGGCUGCCAAGAUUCCACCCCCGGCCUCCUCGGCUGCCAACAAUGGCAGCGCGCCCACCACGCCGCGGAAUCUCUGGCAGGAUAACGGCAGGGGCGAUCCCAAUGACGGAGGACUCUGCUCGCCACCUACGAAGAGGCCCAGGAGUUACUCGCCGCCGUUGGCGAACCACGUCGAGCAGAAGUCUGACCUCCAGGAGUCCCUUUUGGGGCAGGCGUUGGAGGGUGGCCCGACGAUACACACACCAAGCAACAACGUCCAGUCAUGCGGGAAGAUUUCAAGGAAGACUUGGUUUACCUGCAACCCUGGGGUUGCUUUCUGCUUUCAGGCCCAGUCGACAGGCGAAGACUCCAACUCCAUGUCGGAUAACGAGGAGGACACGUCGAAUAACGAGAGCAUCCUGAACUCCGUCAAGACCGAGCCCGCCGAUCUCCUAAACGACUCCAUGGAGCACCAUCGAGGGACCUUCCCUGCUGCCCUUCUGGGUCUUCAAGGACUGAUGCCAGGACCCUCGGGGAUCCACGCGGCCAACCAGGACCCGAAUUACGUCGCCCGGCGAGGCCUCGACAUGAUGCGCGUCCGCGCGACGGACCCGCGGCCCUGCCCGAAGUGCGGGAAGAUCUACCGGUCGGCCCACACGCUGCGGACCCACCUGGAGGACAAGCACACGGUGUGCCCGGGGUACCGGUGCGUGCUGUGCGGGACGGUCGCCAAGUCCCGGAACUCGCUGCACUCGCACAUGUCCAGGCAGCACCGGGGCAUCAGCACGAAGGACCUGCCGGUGCUGCCGAUGCCGAGCCCUUUCGACCCAGAGCUGGCCUCGCGGCUACUGGCCAAGGCCGGGGUCAAGGUCAGCCCGGCUGAGCUGCGGGCCCGGGCCAGUCCGACGGGGCCCAGGAGAGGGGACGCGCGGCUGGAGCUGCCCCGCGGAGGGGCCCCCUCGGAGGCGGGCAGCUCGGUCUGCGGGGGCGACGACCCAGAGGACCUGACGCUGCCGCUGAGCCUGAGGUACGGCUCGCCGACGCCCAACAACAACACGGUCAUCUCCAAGGCGGCCGGGGCCCAGGAGCAGAGGCCCGGGCCCAAGAACAACGGCGGCGCCGUGGCCGCCAAGAGCCUCGAUUCCGGCAUGUUGGGGGGCGCCCGCGAGCCCAACAUGGCGCCCCUGCACCCCGGACACCGCGGCGCCUCGGCCGCCUCCGCCACCGGCUCGGCCAUCCUCGACACCUACCUCCAGUUCAUCGCCGAGAACUCGGGCCUGACGAUGGGCCUCAGUCCCGAGCAAGCCGCCGCCGUCGCGGCCGCCCACGCCGCGAAGAUGGCGCACAUGAGCGCCAUGGACAAGCUGGGCAGCCGCGGCGUCGAGGACUACCCCGUCAUCGGGAGGGACGAGGGCCGGCCCCCCGGCCUCGUCCUCGAGGACCGCGCCGACCUCCGCGCCCGGCACCUCGCCCUCGAGGACGCCGAGUCCUCCGUCGGCGAGGACGAGGACUUCAGCGAGAACGAGGAGGCGGACGGCCUCAAGGCGGAAUAGGCUCUCCGUCGGCCGACGACGCGACGUUUUUCCGUCCCUCCGCCCGUCCGUCCGCCUCCCGGCGCCGCCGACCCGAAGAACGAGAAGAACGCCUGCCUCUGAGUCGCCCGACCGCCCGGAAGAGGACGUCGAAGACGCGGUUCUCCAAGAUGGCGGAUCACGCCGAGCGACGAGGGAAACGGGCCAGUGCGCGUCGCAGGACCCGGGGAACGGUUGGAAAGUGCCCGACACGUAGGUACGUUGGAGUAUCGGCUCUUCGCGAGGACUUUUUUUCCCGGACGAGGUGAGACUUUGCCGACCUUGCGCGGGGAAUAACGAGCUUUCGUAAGCGGCGGAUCCGUAGACUUGCGCCCCUGUAGAAGGUAAGGUCGAAAGUUACCUUGGAGUCGCGGUCUACGCGACCGUUCGGUCAUUCCGGUAGUUCUGUCGUUUUGUGGCAACCGUUUUUUUUUGCCGCUUUCCUCGCUUUACUUAUAUUAUCGACUGAUACGUUACCAAUGCCCGCUGCUCGUCUUCUUGCCGGGGCGACCGCUCGGAGUCGUGGUGGCAGCCGUGCCGAAAAUUGUGCUCGAAAAUGACGUCCCUGCAGGCAGCGGUGUUGAGGGCCCUGCAGAUUUCCCGUGAUAGAUAUACGCGUUAUUUUUAUUUCAAUUAUUUGCCCGCUAGCCGAAGCGUGGAGCCGGUCGGGAUCUCUGGCUCGCGCCUCGUCUGCUGCUCGUUUUCUUUUUUUUUUCCUUUUUCGAGGGAGGGUGACUGAUUGUCACCCAACGGAGUAGCUCGCUUCGAUCGAAACCAAGACUGAACUUCUGCCUGAUUGACCCCACAGGGCAACUAUCGCGACUACCGGAACGAUCUCGCGAGCAAAUCGGCGAGAUAAAUGGGAUACCGCGCGGCAGGUACGACUCUUAACGCUCUCUGUUUGCGAAGUUACCUCAAAGCUCACCUGUAGAAACGACGGAACUUUCGGAAUGACCCGUAAAUUAUAUGCGGAGAUACAUACCGCCCGAGACUCUCGGUCGAAAGCGCCGACGGAAGUAGACGGACGAGGCAAAGCGAACGCUCACCUCGCGGGAAAUAGAAAAAUCCGUACCGUCGACAGUUACACCGACUCUUUCGGCCGGUAAUCUAGACUCCGAGGCCUCUUCGACGCCCUCGACUGGCCUACAUAAUGGCCGCCGCGACGGCGAGCGACCUCCGUACGUCCCUCCGUAAGUAUAUUCCAUCGGUCUACCUCAAUGCACAUAAUAAAACUCUGUAGGAUUUAGAGAGAAGGAGAAUCGCGAGCGGGAAACCGCGAGGGAGACGCUCCGAGAGGAAGGGAGAAGAAACUACCCGAGAGAACCGCGUCUCCGUCUCCCUCCCUCUGCGGCGUUGUUUUCGUCUCGGGCGAGCCAAGCAAUUUAGCCAUCGAUUUGUUGGGGAGCUAUUAGAAACCGUAUUAAGGCCCGUGUACACACGAGACGACGCGCGGUCGACGCGCUGGAAGCGCGCGGUCGCGCCUGUUUUUUUUUCUUCCUCUCUUUUCUUCUUUUUUUUUCUCUCUUUUUGUUCGUGAUUCAGCGACGGGGAGGGAAUCGACUCCUCUUGCGCUCCGGACGGCGAGAGAUGAUUAUUAAUUAUUAUUAUUAUUAUAUAUAUAUGAAUGUUGAGGAUAAAUAUAUAUUGCCUAGAUUUAUAGGGAGAGGUUGGCGGCGAGUGCGCCGAGUCGAAGGUAUACGUAGACGUUUUGGCACUUCGGUCUGGUUUUGCGCGCUUCUACUUUAUUUCCUAACCACCGAACAGACGCGACGCGAGCGCCUUCUUCAGGGAGCGCCCCGACGGAGGACGUCGAGAGAGCGCGAGCACCGAUGUCGACGUCGGGAUCUGUUAGAGAUUAAGUGUUUGUUGUUUUUCUUCUUUUUUUUUUAAAUCUUGUCAGUCUCUCUCUCUUUCUUUUAUUUUCUAUCUUUUUUUUUCUUUUUAUAAGACAGAGAAUCGUCGAGACCGACGACAGAGUCAAGAGUUGGAAAAUCAAAAUGGCGGGGGAACGCGUCUUCUCGACCGCUUCCAGGACUGACUUGGACAUUUUUCAUCCCCCUCGGGCACCCUCCCUCCCGUUACCCCGUCACCCCGUAUCGAUCGUCGUUGACUAACGUUCGUUCUAACGCAGUCUUUCUCGUCCUUGCCCCCUGAUAUCGUCGUUUCUCCUCGAAACCGACGACCUCCUGAGGCGCGCCGCCAUCUUUCUUCGCGGGCGUGACGCUCUCCGUUCGUUACUACCCAUUUCCGGGACGUUUAUCUGAAAUUUUCUAGAUUCCAAGUGAUAACGGAAGUAUCACGCAAGUAAAGAGACCAGAAACCCUCAGGAACGAUUUUUCCUUUUCGAAAUUGACCGAUCCCAACCUUCACUUAUAAAGAAUUACCGUCAAUGUCGGAACAGGCUUGCAAGAAGAGAGGCUGAAACCUCCGUAAAUCACCCUUCCACUUCCAGAGGAAAUGAACCAAUCCCGUAUACCAUUUAAAUUUGGAAAAUCAACGUUGAGUGUCUGGAAGCGUACGAGAAGAGGCGCAUUCGUUAUCCGGAGUGUUAUCCCGACGAAUCCCCGCCCGAAAUUGUGGAUCCCGCGCGCUGAUCGCAGGCCGAAAAUCGGGGUCCGACUAGCUGUAAAAUGGUUCCUACUAAUAUACACACACGCAUAAACUAAUCGCGUUAGGUUAGCUUCUCGUAGGUCGUAGGACAGUGAUUAGACUAGGCAUAGGCAACUCAUUAGCAAUAUAGAAGUGUGCGAGGCCGCGCGCCCACGUUUUGCCGCAGUUUUAAGGUUAGGUCUGCGGCGCGCCACCGCGCGGGACGCCGGAAAACGACGGCCGAGGGCACCACGCGAGAUUCGGGGUUUCAUUAAACGCGAAAAGGCUCUUGUUUCUCGUUUUCGAGCGCCCUCGAGUGCCCUCGGACCGUCGCUUUUCCGUUCGAGUGCUCGAACACGCGGCCAGUCCUCGGAUCGAUGCAAGCCGGCGGCAACGGCGCGGCAAGGCGUGGGCACACGUGCGUGCAGGAGCGAGCGAGGAAUCUCGAGCGUGGCAAAUAUUGCGGGCAGUGGGGAUUGUCCCUUUGCGCAGGAGUCCGGCGAACGAGAGAAAUACGGCCCGACGCCGAUAAAAUCUCAAUCCGGUGGACUGUAAAAUUGGACACCGAACCUCCGGACCAGUCUUCGUCCGAAGAGAAAAACCCAUUCGGGCGUUUCGAAGUACCCGAUACCUUUUAGCCAGAUAAAAAACGCAAGAAAGGAGGGAAAUUCAGCUGAGAAUGCGUUAUGGAUAUUUGUAUACCUAUUUAUUAGUAAUUGUAAAAACUGGCAAUUGUAAUCGUGGUUAUGUUUCCCGGGUAAAGGGUGACCAUUAAGCUCUCUCGCCGUAUAACAUGGCGGCCUCGUCUGUACUUGUUCCAGGUCCGCUGGGCUCCUCUCAAAGGGAUUCCGUAACAAAGAAGACUCGCUAGAGCACCGUUUCGAGUAGAAUUUUGUACCGUACAUCUCUGUUAAGGGAAAAGUGCUCGAAGCGGUGCUUUAUCGAGCUUCGACCACUCGUUAUUCUUAAGUGAGCUGGAUAUCGGGCAACUCGACGGUCCGGGGCGAUCGGAUCGGCUCGAGAAAGAGAGCGGGCGUAGUUUCUAGGUUAGGUUAGCUCGUAGAGAAUACUCCGUGUAUACUAACCCCGUAAGUUUAAGGCUAAAGUUGCCGUUGGCGACGCUUUUCGAGAUGGACAGUCGGGGGAAACGCGCGGAGAGUCGAGGAAAGCGCGGAGUCGACUUUUCGGGUCUUGUUGCUAGUACGACAUGUCUCGACGCUUUUCUCCUGUCUCCGCGUUUCGCGUCCCCCCGCGAUUCUACGGAUGGAGGCCGAUAGAAUAAGAUGGACAGUCGAUGUGGCGAGAGAUUUGCGAACGACGAAAUUGAUGACGCAUGGGAGGGGUUAUACAAGUGGAACGCAACGAGAUGGACAAAUCUGCAGGUCUAAUCGGUACAAAUGAAACCACUUCUUGCCUUGAAGCUCUCUACGUAGCGGCUGUAAUAUGCGACGCGAUCGGAUGGACUGAGCGAACGAGAAACAAUAAUCCUAAAUACUAUUUAGAUACGCGAGGCGAAAGAGAACGAUCUAAAGUAAGACGAUUAUUUUCCACGAGAGUACAAAUUUUCAUCUUGGAUCUAGGAGGCGCGGCGCCUCGCUCGACGAAAGAGGCGAACCUGUGCAAAAGAAAUUCCACGGAAACGAAACACGGUCCUGAGAGCUCGCGCGAAUGCAAAGUCGACGCGUUUGCAGAAUCCGCUUAACGAGCUAACGAUAUUCGGUGCCAUAGCGUAACGGUCGCGAACGCGACCCUUCUCGAUCGUCCGCCUCUUUUCCUGACAUUUUUUGUAUACGUCCACGUGUACCGUAUUCGCGCGAAGGGGAUAAAAAGAGAGAGAAAGAGAGACAGCCGACACGUUCGAUCGUGAACCCUCGAUCUCGCCGUGAUCUCGCCAGACGAUUCGCUCGUUCGCGAACCGUGCGUCGUUGUCGUGAAUUCGAGUCACUGCGCGGACGAGGCUUCCGACGCGUUUCGAAAGACGCUCUUCUAGAGGGGAAGAAAAAAAGAAAAAGAAACGCGUUACUCAUAAAUUCACGCCUAUUUUCAUUUGGAACGGAACGCCCGUUUUCCUUUCACGCCAGUCACCGGAGAACGGCGGCCAUUUUGGUGCACGCAGUCAUCCAGCGUUCAAAGUUCGCGAGGAGGGAAAUUUGGUCAUUUUUGAGAGACAUAAUCGUCGAGAGGUCGUAAACGCUUUGUAGGCGAAUCUCGAAUAUCCAGCGUAGUUUGGUUAAGGGAUCAAAAAAGGGAAAAGCACAAUUUCCGAGACGUUCGGAGCCUCGACCGCGCGUCCCGCGUUGCCAUAGAGACGCCAAGUUGGCGUCACCGUAGGAAUCCGCUAGAGAGCGACAGUAACGUUAAUAAUACGUAUACCGACGAUACCUCGCGAGGCGAAACCGAGAAGAAGCAACCGAAGGGGAAGAGAAACGGUCCCGGAACGAUCGAGUCGAUUCCGAGGACGAUUUCGCGCUCGCAUGUUCGUCCCACCUUGAUCGUUAGUUGUUACUGCAGUAUUUAAUUCUUAGGUAUACGCAGAGUCGCGCGUACCCGCGCCUUAUACACGUAGCGUACGUAUAUAUAUAUUUUUACACGAUACCUCCUCCAGCCCCCAAAAAACCUCGAGUCUCCGACAGGAUCUCCGAAAUAUAGUCCGCAAUAGUCACUUGGGAUAAAUACAACGAAUACAGUAUUGCAAUAGCUUUUAGAACGGAACGCCCGCGGCGUGCGGGACUGCUCCGUAACUACUCAGGUACUUAUUACGCGACACGAGAUGUCGCGUAAUAUAACAAUAACUGAACUCAGGAAAACCUCAAGCAGACAGGCCGUGAUACUACAUAUAUAGAGACGUUGAUACUACUACUACCGUGCUACCAUUCUACUUUGUAUACUACACCUACUUUUACUACUCUAUCGCUGCACUUUCGACUACCGUCGCCAGCGCCGCCCUCUCGGCGACGGUGGCGCGCGCAACCUCGAGUUCCGGAUUGCGCCGCUAGACAGCCUCGAGCCCCACCAGUUUCGAGGGAAGAGUCCUAAAGGGCGAAAACCGCGAUACACGAGGACACACACACACCCAAGCUACCUCCGUUGAUAGGGACGUAUCAGUCUUCUAUCUAUACCUGUGAAUAUCCCCGCCGCGUGGAUAUGUCGCCUCCGACGACGUAUAAAUGAAUAUACAAAAAUAUAUAUAUAUACACACAUAAAUAUACAUAUUUACACGAUUUUAAUGCAAGAUAAGGAAGAAAUAUAUAUAUAUAUAUACAUACACAUAUAUGUAUACUUCCCUCGACUAGGGUCUUAAGGCGUUGCUUCCGAGCACGGAUCGGCCGAGCGGGUCCAGACGGGGCGACAUCCGGGAUUUAUUUCUCGCGCUCCUUCUCGACCCGGUCGCAAGGGAAGGCGUUAAAAGUCCGGCGAAAAAAACGAGCCUCCUGCAGACGAAUAAUUCACUGCCACUGCGUUCCCCCGUUUUAGGGGCUCGGCCGAUCCGUGAAUGACAGUGCUGAAUUCCAAAUCGACAAUGCAAUACGAUGUACUUACUACGAUCGAAGAGAGGGCGAGAGCGAGGGGCGAGUUUCGUCCUCGCCGAGUCCUCGGUCGACCUAUUCGUUGACUAACCGCGACAGAGAUACGACGGGCGAGCGAGAGUGAGAGAGACGGAGAGAAUGAGGGAACGCAUGGGAUAUGCGAGAGGGAAACGACGUGUGCGCGCGAGGACGAGAGUGAGAUUGUCAAUAGUGAUACGUACAUAUAUGAUAUACAUAUAAAUAAAUAUAUAUAUAUAUGCCGAGAACAUAAUCAGGGAUGCGUCGUAACCAUAGGCAUAGAGUCAUCUAGUGAUAGAGGAGAGGAUGCGCGCCGCUCUCGAGUUUUUACUAGGGAGGUAGAGAGGGAUGGAGCGAGACCCUGGGUGCAAUCUGGCUCGGAUUCGAUUGGUCGAAAUUUCCGUGGUUUGCGGACCGUCGGCCCUCUUUUUAUUCUUUUCUCGUUCCUCUUCCUUUAGCGCGGCGUCGGGUACCGCCGUAUCUUUUCACCGCGGUUUAUUAAUAGAGACGAGCAUUCGAGGGGAACCGCUCGGAAACGCCACCUCGGACGGGAGCUUUGUGUUCCACGGGGUCGCCCGGGGAAUGCUAGGACGUGUGUGCGCACUUAUACGUAAAUGUCGGAUGGUCUGUCCGAUUUCCGACCGAGCCUUUUCGCCCAAUGGAGUCCCAGCCUGCGUCGAGACGCGGAGCGCCGCCGUUGGCUCGCUCCGCUAGGGAGGCCGACGUUUGUACGAGCGUUGUACGGAAUUGUUAUACGUUGGCGAUUUUCUUCGUUAGUUUAGAGAGCCGUAGGGCUCGGCCCAGCCCCGAGGGCGAGCGAUCGCCGAUUGCGGUCCUGGAGCUCCGCGCAGACGCGGGGCGCCGGGACGUCGCUCGCCGAUUGUACGGAGCGUCGAAGGUUAACUACGUUAAGGUGCUUUUCGCUAUCGUUGAUGUUUUAUUACGUUGACAGACACCGCCGCGGAACGUCCGCUCGACGGAUCUUUUAGUCUCGGUCGGCGCCCCGUUUAGCGCCCGUUGGCGCAGACUCGUUAGACCCGUGUCCCACUGAGCGCGUUUCACGUUACGCGGGCGUUGAUCUGCGACGCGUUGACGCGUAGGCGUGUCCCAUUGAGCGACUCUGGAUUUAUAAUGAGUUUACAAUUCUUGACGCGAUGCGUUAAAUUGUUUCGACCUAAAUUUCAUUCUAGUGAAAAUAAUGCACGGUGCGCGCAUAAAAAUAUUUCUCCUCGAAUCAAUAACAUGUUUGUUGGUUUAACCAUAAAAUAUAUGGUUAGAUGGAGAACGAAAUACUUGGUUGACAUCAUACGAUUUUUCUUUUUUCUUUUUUAUGAACUUUUCAUCGAUUACAUCAAAUACUGGCGGUAGAUCUCUUCAAAUGUUAAUGUAAUUCGAUACAUUUGGCUAAAAUAUUUUAUUUAUUCGCCUGAGAUAUUUUCUAAAAUUAUUGAACGCGAUUUAAGCGAAACACUUUAGUUGGUCCUAGCAAACUAGUAUGGUCAAGUGAACUGAAAUUCGGUUCGCUCAACGCGAAAUGUUUUAUAAAAUGAACCAAACGCGGUCAAACGAUUUUGUUAAUGAGCCAAUUUGUUCCGCGGGUUUUAAGCGCAGUUCUAGUUGGUCGCUCCAUCCUCGACGCGUCGAGGCACCGCGUUUUAUGUGACCCCCGACGCGCUCAGUGGGCCAUGUGUCUAAUCAGCGCGCGACCUCGACGACGUGCAUGUAAAAAGGAUGCGGAAGGAAGAAGGUAGUUCUCGACCUGACUUUUUACCAUUUGACAGUCAAAUCGACUCGCGUCUCGGGCCAGACGAGAAAACGGCGCCGAGACGCAUAUCCCUUCGACAUAGAUCCCGACCCAACUAUUCUUUUUCCCCCGCGAUUCCUCCCCUACGUUGUAAAUACGACAGUCUUAUUUAUCCAUAAUGCUCUUUUGCGUACCUUCGAAUGUUUUUCUCUUUUUUUUUUUACUCUCGUUGCCGUGGUCCGCGUACGCGCGCUCGGUCACUAUUGUUUUUUUGCCGUCUGUAGCAUUUAAGCCAAUCCAACUUGCCAAUACGAUACAAUAAAUAUUUUAGAAAAAAAGAAAAGAAAGAAAAAGGAUGAAAGAAAUGAUCAAAACCACUAGAUAAGAGCCGUUCCUUUGGUUCAUUCCUUAGGUCCGCGGGGGGGGAUGCUUUUCGAGGUGUUUUUGUGUUAGAAAUUGACCUUGCUCCGCCGAAAGGGUUACUCCUGAGCACGUCCAAGGCAACAUAUUUGCAAUUCAAAGCGAUCGGUUUUAAAGUAUCAGUGCCUGUGGAUAGGUAAGUCACAUCCGAUAAAUGUCAUUAGUCGAGUCUCGGUUAUACUGCCGAGCACGACUGCCCGUCUUUCCCAAGGGAAAGAAACGGGGUGAAGCAACUACAGUUCCUAUUUUAUCGCGAUCCACGAAUAUAUAUAUAUCGUAACGGUACCGCGUGUACGCAACUACGCAAAGAGUGGGAUGGAAAGAGUAAAUGUAAGUAGUCGGGAAUAUUAUAGAACGAUGUCUCAUUAUAUAGGGUACGCCAACUCACAAGGGGGCAGCUGCCGACUGACUUACCUGCAGUCUUUCGGCAGUUGCAGAGAGAGUGAGACAUGUGAAACUCCGGGGAGUAGUGUGUACAAUAUAUUACGAUAUCAAUAAAGACACUGAAUUUUU